AUGCUGGGCGCACAGGGAUAUGGAACAGGUAUUGUCGGAAUUAUGGACAAAGUGCAAAAUGAGCAUGUUGACGUUACGAUAGAAUCCGACAACGAGAACAUCACGGACUCUAUUAACAUAGUGGAAGGUGUAACCUCAGUGAGAGAUGGAGUGAUUGUGCCCGCUGUAGGAAUGGAGUUUAAAGAUGUGACAGAAAUGUUUGACUUCUACAAAAAAUAUGCUUAUGGCGUCGGUUUUCCAGUGAAGAAAAGGAAUUCAAAAAAGGGGGAUGAUGGAGCGAUGAGAUAUGUAACGUUGACUUGUGGCCGGGAAGGGCGAAGAAUUGGUAAGACUAGUGGUUCUUUGAGGCCGCAACCAACAAUUCAGAUGGAUUGUAAAGCAAGGAUAUCAGCAUCUUUAGAUAUAUAUGGAGUUUGGAGGAUUAACACGGUCCACCUCAAGCACAAUCACAAAACUAGUCCUUCGAAGUCCAGGUUAUAUCGAUGUAAUCGAGAAUUGAGUGUACAUGUGAAACGCAAACUUGAAGUUAAUGAUUUGGCGGGAAUUCCGUUGCAUAAAAGCUACAAUUUUGCAGUUGUAGAAGCAGGUGGUUAUGAACAAAUGAGUUGCAUGGAAAAGGAUUGUCGAAAUUACAUUGAACAAGUGAGGCAACUAAGACUUGGAGAGGGAGAUGCCGCUGCCAUACAAUCAUACUUUUCGAAAAUGCAGGCACAGUGCUCAGGCUUUUACUUUAGCAUGGAUUUAGAUGAUGAGUCACGACUGAAAAAUAUAUUUUGGGCAGAUAAUCGUUGUAGGCAAGCGUAUAAGGAGUUUGGCGACGUCGUUACAUUUGACACGACUUACCUCACAAACAAGUAUGACAUGCCUUUCGCCCCAUUUGUUGGCGUCAAUCAUCACGGGCAAUCAACGCUGCUUGGUUGUGGGUUGGUAUCGAACGAAGACACAGAUACUUUUGUGUGGUUGUUCAGUACUUGGUUUCAGUGUAUGCAUGGCAUCGCCCCUCAGGGAAUUAUUACUGACCAAGAUAGGGCUAUGCAAAAUGCGAUUCAGCUUGUUUUUCCCAACACAAAACACAGAUGGUGUUUGUGGCACAUCUUGAAGAAGUUGCCCCAAAAAUUUGGGUACCACGAGGAUAAGUCUGGAAUAUUUGGUACUAUACACCGAUUGGUUUAUGAUACGCAUUUCGUGCAAGAGUUCGAAGAAGGUUGGGCUGCAAUGAUUGAUACAUACCAUCUGCAUAAUAACGAUUGGUUAUCUGGACUUUUUGAGAAUAGAGGGCGUUGGGUGCCAUGUUAUUUGAAGACUUCUUUCUGGGCAGGUAUGUUAACAACACAAAGAAGUGAGAGCAUGAAUGCAUUCUUUGACGGCUAUGUGCAUUCGAAGACAACCUUAAAGCAAUUCGUCGAACAGUAUGAACGUGCACUGCGGAAUAAGGUUGAGAAGGAAUUCCAGGUCGAUUUCAAGUCAUUUUCAUAG